CAGGGCUGGCCGCUGAGACGCGCUGCUGCCCCCCGCGCGGGCGCCGCGGCUUCAAUGGCGCCAUCGCCCAGGACCAGCAGCCGGCAAGAUGCGACCGCCCUGCCCAGCAUGUCCUCAACUUUUUGGGCGUUCAUGAUCCUGGCCGGCCUGCUCAUCGCCUACUGCAGUCAGCUGGCCGCCGGCACCUGUGAGAUCGUGACCCUGGACCGUGACAGCAGCCAGCCGCGGAGGACAAUCGCCCGGCAGACGGCUCGCUGCGCAUGCAGGAAGGGACAGAUCGCGGGCACCACCAGAGCCCGGCCCGCCUGCGUGGACGCUCGAAUUAUCAAAACGAAGCAGUGGUGUGACAUGCUCCCUUGUCUGGAGGGGGAAGGCUGUGACUUGUUGAUCAACCGGUCAGGCUGGACGUGCACGCAGCCCGGCGGGCGCAUAAAGACCACCACGGUCUCCUGACAAACGCAGCCCCAAGGAGUGGCCUUGGCUCCCUGGAGAGUCCACACCUCGGCCACGGUCCUCGGUCCGUCACGGACGCCACCCGCCCUCCGCCACCUGCCCAUCCUCCGUUUCUCUAGCCCGUCAAGGACAGCCUGCUUCCUCGGCCGCCUGAGCUGAGUCUGCCCGGCCGCCCCGUGGAGUCGGGCCUGGGACACACAGCGGGGCUGCGUCUCCGGGCAUCCCCGGAGCCUGGCCCGGCCGCCCUCCCGGCCGCAGACGAGGCGGAGCAGGAGGAGGAGGAGGAGGAGGCCGCAGGCCCCGCCAGCCCGAGCAAGGAGGACCGCGCCGGGCCCGGGAGGACUGAGUCUCAGACGCAGACGUGGCCUCUCCUUGUGCCCCAGACUGAACCGCUUUUAUUUUCUUAUCCUUCCAGUAUAUUCAAUAGACCAAAGAGCAAAACCUAUUUUAACGCGGACUCGCCCUCACCAUCCGAGUCCCUGGGUUCGACGGGGGGCACGGGGGCGGAGACACGCCGGAGAGGCCCCCGCCCCACAAACACUGCGGGGCCCCCUGAGCGGCCGGAGGAUGUGGCCGGAGGACACGCGGCCGGCGAUGUCCCACGCGGACCCCGCGGGCGCACCUGCCUGGGAGCACAGCCCGCCGUGCGCACCUGCUCCUCUGUACUUCGAUGGACCUUCUCAUACUAAAAUCACUUUCUGUUUUAACCAGUUAGACACGCCUCUCCGCAGCGCCAUCCUGAUAGUGGGGUAACCCGGGGUUCGCCAAGAGCAUGUCGGGUCUCCCGUGACCGCUGUCUCAUCCGAUCACCAUUUAGCUCCAGAAAGCAAAUUAAAGAAAGCGAAAGUAACACUUGUUUGAAAGAGAUCAUUAAAUGUAUUUUGCAAAGC